AUGCAUCGAUUGACGAGAUGGAAGGAUCAGGUUUUCCAUAAACCGGAGAAGACGCGGGAUACAAAAGCGCACGACCAAACUCAGGUUCGUCCCGAUCGCAGAUCUGAUACGCCAUCAAUUUUAGCCGCCGGAAACAGCAAAAGUCAAUUACAUGAGGAUCCCGUGACGCCGCAAGACCUGUGGCAAGCUGCUUAUGAUCAACUGGACGAAACCCAAAAGAACAUUCUCUCGACAGUCAAGGUCUCUAUUGAACCACACAAUGGCACCUCACAGACUGUAGAUGUCCUUAAUGAAGUUGUCAGAACGACUGAGGCACAAUAUGAAGACUAUAAAAAUCGGAGCCUGAGAAUUCCUAGGUCGAAGGGUGACGACAUAAACUUUCGCCAGAUUUCAGAGAACAUCAUCAACGCUGCACUAUCCUUCAACUCAAUCAUCACGUCGCUUGUGGCCUUAGAUGUUACUCAACAUGCAUCGAGCGCUUGGACAGUUGUGACACUAGGAUUGACGAUGACGAAAAAUUAUUACAAUUCACGGAAUGCUUUGUUUCAAUCUUCGGAGUAUUUGGCUAUGGCAUUGGCUCGAGGUGUCUUUAUAGAAAAAGAAUUCUAUCAGGCUAGUGACUCCACAAGGAAACGUGAAUUGGGAAGUGCAAUCACGAGAUUGUUGAAAGCUAUCUUGCUCUACACAGUAGAGGUACGGAACGCUCAGAAUGCUGGUAAAGGAAGAAAGAUGAGGGACUGUUUUACUGACGAGACGAAUCAAUCACUCACGAGUAUUCAAUCCUCAAUCAAUCAGGAAGAACACAAUCUACAAAAAUGGGUUAGUAUGGAUCAUUAUCUAGAAUGCAGAGAACAAGCGGAAGAAAUGCUAUCUAAAAUCGACCAAGUCCUGUCAUCUCUUCGAGAUUUGAGACAAGACUCUGUCCUUUCGAACCUAGUUACCCUGGAUGAGGCGUGUUUUGACGCCUAUUCAGAAGAAGAUGACAUGAUGGCUGAAUACGAAGGCAGAUGUCUACCCGGAACCAGAAUUGAGCUCCUUGAACAAGUCACAGAGUGGGCAACUUCUCCCAAUGGCCAAUGCUUCUUUUGGUUAAAAGGAAUGGCUGGCACUGGCAAAUCUACCAUUUCAAGAACAUUAGCCGCAUCAUUUCAAGACAUGGGCAUUCUCGGGGCAAGCUUCUUCUUCAAAAGAGGCGCAGGUGAUCGAAGCAAUGCAAAACGGCUUUUCACGACCAUUGCAAAGCAACUUGUUGACAGGGUGCCUCGAUUGAUACCUGGAAUUGCACAUGCGGUUGAGGAUAACAAAGGCAUUUCAGCUAAGUCUCUAAAAGUGCAGUUCGAAAAGCUUUUGCAGCAGCCCCUUCUUGACCUUGACCGCUCUCCUCGAUCACCGCAAACUUGGGUAAUUGUCAUUGACGCGUUAGAUGAGUGUGAAAAGGAGCGCGAAGUCGAAGUUUUACUGCAUCUUCUAUCACAGAUGAAAGAAGCUGAAUCAAUAAGGUUGCGAUUCUUUUUGACAAGCAGGCCGGAGCUGCCAACUCUUCUAGGAUUCAGAGAAAUUGAGGACAAGAACCGUCGGCACUUGGUAUUGCACGAAAUCCCGAAGCCGAUCAUAGAGCAUGACAUAUCAGAGUUUUUGUCCUAUCAAUUGAAGAGGAUCAAAAAUGACAGAGAAGAACUAGAGGAGUUCUUUCAAUCAGACUGGCCUGGACAAAACACGAUCCAGGAUCUUGUUGCAAUAUCGAUUCCUUUAUUUAUCUUCGCAGCUACUAUUUGUCGUUUUGUUGGGGACAAGACUUGGCUGCCCAAGGAUCGCCUGCAGGAGUUUUUGAAUGAUCCCGCCACCAGAUCUACCUCGGAAAUGGAUCGAACAUACUUGCCGAUCUUAAACCAGCCUCUCAAUAGGCUUAAGCGAGAUGAUGAAAAGAGAAAGUUCAUGCAAGAGUUCCAUGAAAUAAUCGGUGUCAUCAUUCUUCUUGCUACUCCCCUUUCUGUCAACGCACUUUCUAACGUUACUGGCUUUGCAAAGGAUACUAUCAAGAAUAGACUGGACUCGUUUCGCUCGGUUCUCAGUAUUUCAGAUGAUGAUGAUGUGCCAGUCAAAACUCUACAUCUUUCAUUUCGGGACUUUCUCCUGGGUACUGAAAAGGAAUUUCAUGUGGACGAGCAACAAGUUCACGAAAAGAUGGCCAUCAAUUGUCUUCGCAUUAUGGGCUCUCUUGAGAAAAAUAUUUGCCAUCUACCCUAUGGAACAAACCGGGCUACUAUUCAAAGUGAAACCAUUAAGAAGUGCCUUGUACCAGAGCUACAAUACGCCAGUCGUUAUUGGACGUAUCAUCUCGAUCAAAGCAAGAACGGGAAGGCCUACGGGAAGGAAGUUCUAUCAUUUCUAGAAGAGCAUUUACUUCACUGGUUGGAGGCAAUGAGUUUAAUGGGGAUCUUAAGUGAAUCAGUUGGAGUUUUGAAUACGUUGCUGUUGGUUUUUCAGGACCACCAAAAUGCCAAGCUUUCCGACUUGUUGCACGAUGCAAAACGUUUUACCUUAAGGAAUUUGCAAAUGGCUGAUGCUACUCCACUUCAGCUUUACUGUUCAGGAUUGGUUUUUGCGCCCAGAAAUUCAAUUACGCGAAGACUAUACAGGACAGAGAUACCCGACUGGAUUAGUACAUGUCCAAAGGUGGAGGACAGAUGGAACUCGAACUUACAGACGCUCGAGGGCCAUGAAAAUUGGGUCCAAACGGUGGUGUUCUCUCCAGAUGGCCAGUUAGUGGCAUCAGGUUCAGGAGAUAAGACUAUACGCCUCUGGGAUACCGCUACGGGCACCGAGCAACAUAAGCUCGAGGGCCAUACAGAUUGGGUCCAAACAGUAGUGUUUUCCUCAGAUGGCCGGUUAGUAGCAUCAGGCUCAAGGGAUACUACUGUGCGCCUCUGGGACACCGCUACGGGCACCGAGCAACAUAAACUCGAGGGCCAUGAAAAUUUGGUCCAAACAGUGGUAUUCUCUCCAGAUGGCCGAGUAGUGGCAUCAGGCUCAUAUGACAAGACUGUGCGCAUCUGGGAUACCGCCACGGGCAUCGAGCAACAUAAACUCGAGGGCCAUAAAGGUUCGGUUAAAACGGUGAUGUUCUCCCCAGAUCUAGAUAGUCAGCUAGUGGCAUCAGGCUCAGGGGACAAUACUGUGCGCCUCUGGGAUACCGCCACAGGCACCGAGCAACAUAAACUCGAGGGCCAUACAGAUUGGGUCCAAACAGUAGUGUUUUCCCCAGAUGGCCGGUUAGUAGCAUCAGGCUCAAGAGAUAAUACUGUGCGCCUCUGGGACACCGCUACGGGCACCGAGCAACAUAAACUUGAGGGCCAUGAAAAGUUGGUCCAAACAGUUGUAUUCUCUCCAGAUGGCCGAUUAGUGGCAUCAGGCUCAGGAGACAAGACUAUACGCAUAUGGGAUACCGCUACGGGCACCGAGCAACAUAAACUCGAGGGCCAUAAAGGUUCGGUUAAAACGGUGAUGUUCUCCCCAGAUCUAGAUAGCCAGCUAGUGGCAUCAGGCUCAGGGGACAAUACUGUGCGCAUCUGGGACACCGCCACAGGCACCGAGCAACAUAAACUCGAGGGCCAUAAAGAUUGGGUCCAAACAGUGGUGUUCUCUCCAGAUGGCCAGUUAGUGGCAUCGGGCUCAGGAGAUAAUACUGUGCGCCUCUGGGAUAUCACCGCGGGCACCGAGCAACAUAAACUCGAGGGCCAUGAAAAUUGGGUCGAAACAGUAGUGUUUUCCCCAGAUCCAGAUGGCCGGUUAGUGGCAUCAGGCUCACAUGACAAGACUGUGCGCCUCUGGGAUACCGCCACAGGCACCGAGCAACAUAAACUCGAGGGCCAUGAAGAUUGGGUCCAAACAGUAGUGUUUUCCCCAGAUGGCCGGUUAGUAGCAUCAGGCUCAAGAGAUAAUACUGUGCGCUUCUGGGACACCGCUACGGGCACCGAGCAACAUAAACUCGAGGGCCAUGAAAAUUCGGUCCAAACAGUGGUAUUCUCUCCAGAUGGCCGAGUAGUGGCAUCAGGCUCAGGAGACAAGACUAUACGCCUCUGGGACACCGCUACGGGCACCGAGCAACAUAAACUCGAGGGCCAUAAAAAUUGGGUCCAGGUGGUGGUGUUCUCUCCAGAUGGCCGGUUAGUAGCAUCAGGCUCAUAUGACAAUACUGUGCGCCUCUGGGACACCGCCACGGGCACCGAGCAACAUAAACUCGAGGGCCAUAAACGUUUGGUCCAAACGGUGAUGUUUUCCCCAGAUGGCCGGCUAGUGGCAUCAGGCUCAUAUGACAAGACUGUGCGCAUCUGGGACACCGCUACGGGCACCGAGCAACAUAAACUCGAGGGCCAUGAAAAUUGGGUCGAAACGGUGGUGUUUUCCCCAGAUGGCCAGUUAGUGGCAUCAGGUUCAGAUGACGGGACUGUGCGCCUAUGGGACACCGCCACAGGCUCUUUAAAACAAACCUUUCAUUUCAAGGAACGAGUUUUGAAGCUUAACUUUUCUAAGCACGGUCUAUAUAGCAACUUUGGCUUCAUACAGAUCCACAAGCCUCAGGAACAACCUAACCUUAUCUCUACACACGGCAAUGACCAUUUUUUUAUACAAAAGGACUGGAUCUCGAUUGGCAGUGAAAAGAUGUUGUGGGUUCCAUCUGAAUACCGUAGCCCGAGCGCUUCGGCUACGCAAGGUGAAACAGCUGUUCUUGGAUACGCGUCUGGAAAGAUCAUUAUUAUAAGUAUUUGUGCACACAAGAAAUGA